AUGGCCAGGCUUACAUAUUCUGCACAAGACAGUGUUUACAAGGUGUUUGACCUGAAUAACUAUUCCAUGCUGUAUUAUUCGAUAUCAGACAAGAGUGUCCAGGAAAUUAAGAUCAGUCCAGGGAUAAUGUUACUGACUUUCAAGAGAGCUACAAGCCAUGUGCCUUUGCAGAUUCUAUCAAUCGAAGAUGGCACGGUUCUCAAGUCCUUCAACCAUCUGCUUCACAAGAAGAAGAAAGUUGAUUUCAUUGAACAAUUCAAUGAAAAGCUUCUCGUUAAGCAAGAGAAUGAGAAUCUUCAGAUUCUUGACGUCCGAAACGCUGAGCAGAUACAAGUUAGCACAACCGAGUUCAUGACGCCCUCCGCAUUCAUAUUUUUGUACGAGAACCAGUUGUUUCUAACGUUCAGGAACCGAAAUGUCUCUGUGUGGAACUUCCGCGGAGAGCUUGUGACCUCGUUUGAGGACCACCUUCUUUGGCAUCCAGACUGUAACACAAAUAACAUCUACAUAACAAGCGAUCAGGAUAUGAUCAUCUCAUAUUGCAAGGCAGAUACUGAAGAUCAGUGGAUGGAAGGAAAUGCGGGAUCGAUUAACAUAAGCAAUAUCUUGACUGGGAAAUGCUUGGCUAAGAUAAAAGCAAACGAUGCCCCUCCAAAGGAAGAGGAGGAGGAAGAGUGCAGUAGUAGCGGUUCGAGAAACUCCAAGCAGAGGAAAACUGCGGUUGCUGAGGCGUUGGAAGACAUAACAUCUCUCUUCUAUGACGAGGAACGUAAUGAAAUCUACACCGGAAACAGGCAUGGCUUUCUCCAUGUCUGGUCUAAUUGA